AUGUGCCGCAGUGAAGAAGCUAUGUGUGAUGUCUACAUCGUUGGUGCCGCUCGUACUCCCAUUGGCUCAUUCCGAUCUUCAUUAGCAAGCCUAUCUGCGCCUCAGCUUGGAAGCAUCGCCAUAAAAGCUGCUGUUGAAAGAGGCGGACUGAAGCCGGAAGAUGUUCAGGAGGUCUUCAUGGGUCAAGUAUGUCAGGCCAACUCUGGUCAAGCUCCUGCCCGGCAAGCUACUCUUGGCGCUGGUUUGAAAACAUCAACCAUCGUUACCACCGUGAACAAGGUGUGCUCGUCUGGCCUGAAGGCAAUCAUGCUCGGUGCUCAACAGAUCCAGACUGGAACUCAAAAUGUCGUGAUUGGCGGUGGCAUGGAAAGCAUGUCUCAGGUUCCCUUCUACUUGAACCGCGGUGACACCACUUACGGAGGAAUACAAUUAGUGGACGGAAUAGUGAAAGAUGGACUUACAGAUGCUUAUGAUAAAGUUCAUAUGGGUAAUUGUGGAGAAAAAACUGCAAAAGAGUUGGGAAUUGGCAGGGAAGCGCAAGAUGAUUAUGCUAUAAGUAGCUACAAGAAAGCUGCUGCUGCCUGGAAGAAUGGCAUAAUGUCAGCUGAAGUCGUACCUGUCGAUGUAAAAACCAGAAAAGGCACUAAUGUUGUGGACCAUGAUGAAGAGUACCAGAAGGUUAACUUUGACAAGUUGAAACAGUUGAAAUCAGUAUUUCAGAAAGAUGGCACAGUAACUGCUGGCAAUGCUUCGACGCUGAAUGAUGCUGCUGCGGCUGUACUGCUUGUUGGUGACGACGCCGUGAAGCAGCACAAUCUGAAACCCAUGGCAAGAAUAUUAGCAUUCGCCGAUGCUGCUUUACAUCCAUUAGACUUUGCUCUUGCACCACCACUUGUAGUGCCAAAGCUGCUGAAAAUGGCGGGCUUGAAAAUGGAGGACAUUGAUCACUGGGAAGUGAAUGAGGCGUUUUCCGUCGUUGUGCUGGCGUUCAUCAAGCAGCUUUUGAAAAUGGCUGGCUUGAAAAUGGAGGACAUAGACCACUGGGAAGUAAAUGAAGCAUUUUCCGUCGUCGUGCUGGCGUUUAUCAAGCAGGUUGGAUGUGAUCCGGAAAAGAUCAACCCUCAUGGUGGAGCCGUCUCUAUAGGACAUCCUAUCGGAAUGUCUGGCGCUCGCCUUAUCACUCAUCUUGUACACGCCCUCAAGUCUGGUCAAAAGGGGCUUGCCGCCAUCUGCAACGGCGGUGGUGGCGCUAGCGGGAUGAUUCGAGUCUUUCUUCUUUCUGGUGUACGAACUCCUAUAGCCUCUUUUCGAGGCCUUACUCCAGAAGAUAUUGAAGAAUCUUUUGUUGGUUGUGUGCUCACCGCAAACUGUGGACAAAAUGAUGGCUUGCAAAGAGAUGGCUUGGAAGAUCCCACCCUCGGUCAAUCGAUGGGAUUGUGCGCGGAAAAGUCUGCCAAGGUACCCCAUGGUCCAUUUUUUUAUAUAACUUCGAUCGAGUAUGGUAUAAGCCGUGAAUCUCAAGAUGAAUAUGCUAUAAAUAGCUAUAAGAAGGCUGCUGCAGCUUGGAAGAAUGAUCUUUAUGCUGAAGAAGUCAUACCGGUUACCGUAAAGACGAGGAAAGGUGUUGUUGUUAUAUCCGAAGAUGAAGAGUACAAGAAGCUUAUUGAAUCGAAAGUACCUAGUCUGAACCCUGCAUUCCUCAAAGACGGAACCGGUACCAUUACUGCGGCUAAUGCUUCGUCUAUAAAUGAUGGUGCUGUGGCAGCUACACUAGUCCGAGGAGAUCAAAUUCCAAACGGUAUUCUGAUCGAACUGGAUCAACCUAGCACUUGUUACUUACCGUCUCUAGGUCUUACGCCACUAGCAGAGGUUAUCGCAUUCGCCGAGGCAGGUGGAGAGCCAGUGGACUUUACCGUUGCUCCAGUAUCCGCUGCAAAGAAGCUCCUGGAACAAGAAAACUUGUCCGUAUCCGAUAUCGCUUUGUGGGAACUCAAUGAAGCAUUCUCAGUAACAGCUCUGAUAUUCAUAAAGGAGCUGAAUCUUGAUCCUGCAAAGGUCAAUAUCAAGGGUGGUGCUGUUGCUCUAGGACAUCCAUUGGGGUAAGU